UCCCUCAGAUACUGCUAUGCCUUUUGUUUACAUGCCUCGGAGGACUUCUUCAGUCUAUCCUAAACCAGCACUUUCUUUCCUUACAUUCUUAUUCUCAUUUGGUUAAUUCAAAUCUACAACAAAAAUUUUAAUGGAUUAAUUUUUAGUUAAUAUAUAGAUUUGGCAUGCUGUCUUGCUUUCGUUUACGAAAUUACCCAGGAACGUUCUAAGGUCAUCAAGAUCAUUCACACUCGUUGAUUCGAUCACUGUUUUAUGAUCGCAUUGUUAAAGUCUUUUGACUUCAUUCGUAUCACUAGCUUUCGUUUAUCUAAUUCAGGUAUUUACAACCUACUUGUCCCUGUCCUUGCAAAUGUCCACGAAGGCUUCUAAUGCUUCGAAAACCAUUUGGACAACGGACAAAAUUAUAAAAUCUCUUACAUAUCCUGAGCAUUGUUCUGUAUCACUCGCGGAACGUCUUCGCUCUAACUUAAAAACGAACAAUGUAAAACAAACAUCUUCUUCUCAGGCGUGGACGUUUGAUUUGCUUCUUACCGCUUUAAAAUGUGCUCUUGAAAAUAUAUCAAAACGAUGGACGGAUUUGCCUAGCGAAAACAGAUCGCAAGUACGCCAGGCAUUUUCUUCUCUUCAUCGCUCUGCCUCUAUGAGAAGUCAACUGGAAAUCAAUUUACUUUAUGAUUGUUGCUGCUAUAUAAUGGAUAAGCUGACCUCUUUUUGUGAAUCAGAUACACAGAUUUAUAGUUGCGUACGCGCCAGAUUAGCUAUUAUUAAUAGACUUUUGGACAUGGAAGUUCCUGAACCUGCCAUAUUUCAUCUUGGAAGGGUCCACUAUAGCUUGCGUUAUUUGUUUCAAUUAACUUCAGCUAGUUUAGUGCAUACUUCUGCCUAUUCCCCUUCAAGCACUUCUAUAACGUCAGCCGCAGAACUGCAAAAUUGCCUAUUGAUCCCCCUUCCUUUUCACUCACUCGCCCAUGGUGCUUGUUCUCUCAUACUUACCUUUCAACUUAAUGUUUUAAGAUGUCUUAAUUUGAUUCCAAAUUUCUUUCUUUCUCUGCCUAUAAUUCAAAAUUUGUUAAAGGACUCUGGCCCUUAUGCUUCGUGCUCUCGGUUAUGCUCCUUUAAUGAAGAGUUGGCACUAUCCAGGAUCGAAAUUUUGGCAAGAUUGCUCGCUAGAUUUGCUCUUACUGAGCAGAAUGCAUUGCAUUCCUUAUACUUAUAUGCUGGCUCUCUUCAAUCUUGGCUGUUCAUAGGGAAGUGUCACCUGUUAAAAAGGUCAGUUGGCUUGCCAGAGCCAAUAGAAUUACGAAUUGUCAAUUUGUUUCACAAAAUGCUAAACCUUUGUGAUCCUUCGACGGUAGAUCUUACUGAUUUAAAAGAAAUAUUUGAAAGUGUUUUAUAUGGUCUUAAUUUUUUAAGCAUAAGCAACAGAAACUUACUGAAUAUAAGAAUUUCUGACACAUAUUACAAAUUCAAUGACGUUGCAUCUUGUUUUCUGCGGCUAAUGGAUGGUGUUGAUUCUUCCCUUGGUGACAGAAUUGUUAAACUAAAGUACUUACUCCUCAUAUUUCGCCUUUCUCUGAAUAAAGAAUGUCCCAAAGUGUCAAUUGAUGCUUUCUCAGAAAUCAACACUUCCAUCGAGCUUUUAAGUCCAGAAUCUAUCUAUCCGGAUGAUGUUAUCUAUCUGCUUGAAGUAUUUGAAAGUAUACUCUCAGGUCCUUCACACUUUUCCCUUGAUGAUGAUAAACUAAGAACCUUUUUGCUGAUGGCAGCUUUUUCAAAAGCCAUUUUACUCGUUAAUCAAAGCUCAGUUUCAGAUUCUGAUGCAAUAAGGUUAUCAAAGAGGGUGGAACGGUUCCUUUCGCUUUCAUUUUAUCUGCUACGCUAUUUGAAAGAGACUGUAAUUCCUUUGGAUACCCUUCGAUGCUUCGUACAAGUCGCAAUUAAAUUCCAAGAAAAAGAGUUUUCCCAAAAACUUUCAAAUCUUUGUUAUAACACUAGUGUAAAAUCUGUACAUACGGAACUGUCUUUUCAGUAUAUUGACUUAAGUGUUUCGAUCACACUGUGGCACAAUCUUUUGGAUGAUGAAGCUUUCGUCUUAAAAGUUGUGAAAUGGCUUCAAUUAUUGGACGAAAAGUCUAUAGAAAAUGUUGAUUCAUUCAAAAAACUUUCAAAUAUGCUAGAGUUUCAUUUUGCUCAACCCUCAUUUAAGGUUACUACUUCUCUUAGCAAGGUGUUGAAAUGGAUUCUUAAAAAUUUAUGCACAUUUGAUGAAAGCCAUUUGGGAGCUUACAUUUCAUGCUUCAGCAGUAACAUUCUCAAAACCUUAAGCAACGAGAUAUCCAAUUCUAAAGAACAUGGUUCGAGUGCAAUUUCUAUACGGAUUCUUGAAGAAAUAUUGGAUCGAGAGACUGAUUUAUUAGAAAAAGCAAAUGUUCUCUGUUUAAUAUCUUGUACAAUGUUCAAUAAUGUGAAUCUUACUUCAUAUUACUUGGCAUCUGUAAAAAACAAGUCCGAUAAAUUUAAAAGUUACUCUUCAAAAGAUCCAAAAAUAAAUCUUUACAAGAUAAUUCUCGAUUUAUGGGAUUUUUUACUAAAGUAUCAAGCCGACCAGUGUUACAGUGUUUCUUUAAACUCUCUAAUUUUACGGCUGUCUAACUUCGUGCUUACUUCUCGGUUACCCGCAUCUCCAGGAGGAUUAAAUGAUAGAGACAUAUAUGCUUUUUUAACUGCUUCUUUUUGUAUAUUACAUGUAACUGAAGUCUUAGACGACUACUGUUCUGAGCUCUUAUUGUUGGAGACUGUAUAUGAACUUUUGAAGAACUACUUACUUAAUCCUGCUACGAGAUUGAUUGUUGUAAUUGUCACUCUGCUUGCAAACAAAUACGCAUUUCUGGGAUUUUCGGGUAAAGCACAUCUUUGCUUUUCUAGGGCUUACAAUUAUUUUAAAAAAUAUAAUAGUACGGAUGAAUGUUUUGAAAAUUUUUGGAGGGUUUCUUUCGCUAAAUAUUUAAUCAUUACUGGCAACACUGAAAAAGGAGUCUCGCAACUCAAGAACUAUAAUGCUACAAGGAAAAGACUGUUUCUGGGACAACAGAGCUUUAUUAUAUCUGAUUAUUUAAUGAUGUAUGAAAGGUUCCAAUUAUCUGAAGCAGUGUAUCUAUUAGGAUACACUCCUCAGGCACUGCACUUAAUAACACAGAACCUACGGGUUGUAAAAUCGAUUUUUUCUACUUCGACGAGAAAAAGUGAUCUUAAAGAUUACAAAGCAGAUUUACCAUGGCAAUUGGCCCGGAUUGCUGUAAUGUCUUAUGAUCUGACUGCUCGAAUCUAUGAACAUAUGGGACAGUUGAGGGAAGCUAUGUAUUUUAACAAGCAAGCAUGCUGCCUAGCAAAGAGUAUUUUUCCUCCUUUCAGUGCUAGCUGUUCAGAAUUAUCGUUAUGUUCUUUACUCGCUAAAGCAGGGCAAAUUUUUGAAAGUGAGGUUAUUAUUCAGGAAACAGAGGAUGUGUUACAAGAUUCUACCUUCUAUCACAAAUUUCUUUGGAAUCUGGCGAGUGCCGAGUUAUAUUACUUAAAACGGGAAUAUACUGGUUCUGUCAGACAUUAUUCUCAGUGCCUUGACUUAUUAGAAAUGUUAAAGCAAGAAGUUUUAUCGUUUAUUCAAUCCUGCAAAAAUAGUCGUUCUAUUACGAAAGGAAUGAAAAGGUUAAGUUUAUCUAACCCUGAGAAUCCAGCUGCGAAAGAAAAGGCUUUUGACUUGGAUUGUUCUGUUUUAAAUGAUAAAGCUGCUAAAGUACUGCAAAAGAUUGCCUUGAUAGAAGUAACACGUGGAAAUAUAAAUGAAGCGAAGUCAUUGAUGAAGACAUCAUCAGGAAAAUUUAUUGGAGACUUUUCUAACGUUGUUUCUCUACAUAUCGCAAAGGCAAGAAUAGCUUUAAGCGAGGCAGGUUUAACGUUGCAAAAUGAUCCAGUUUUGAGUACCCUUCAAGAUUCUGUUAUAUCUUUACCAGGAAUAACCCAAAAGGAAACAGCCGAUGUUAUUACAAAAUUAUCUUCUGCAGCAUCAGAAAAUCAGUCGUUAAAAAAACAGAAAGGUCAUCUUAAUUACUUAAGAGAGAAGUUCAAAACAAUCUUGUUGAAUAUCCGUUUAAACUGUGAGGUUAUCUUCUUUAAUAGUUUUGAACGAAGUUCAGUCCAGACAUGCAGAGUCGUUAACAGUUUGAUGACUUUUUCAUCAAUCAUGCAAAGUGCUUUAACAAGGUUAGAGGAGAAGAAUACAAUUAGUUCUAUUGCUGCAUCCUUCUUUAUGGAAAUUCCCCGGGCUUUAGGCUUCCAAAGAAAACUAUUAGCUUCAAAAUCAAGUUUUCAAUUACAGCCUAACGGUGAGAAUGAAAUUGCUAAUAUACUUUCCGAAAACAAGUCAAGGACUCCGCAUCUUGAGGAAUUUAAAGGUUUUAUAAACAAGUUACCUUCAACUUGGAACAUAAUCUCAAUUAGUAUCAGUGAGUCGAAGGAAGAACUAUUUAUAACAAAAUUUGCACACAAAAGUUCCCCUUUAAUCUUUCGAUUACCUUUUAAGCGACAUAACGCCCGAGACGCAGAUGAGGAAAUUUUGAGUUUUGAAAAAGCACAGUCAGCAUUUGAAAAAAUAAUAGGAAAAAGUAAUGAGACGGCGCAGAACGGGAAAGAUUAUACAACGAAGCAAGAAAAAGAGUCAUGGUGGAAACAAAGAAGAGAACUAGACAAUAGUUUAGCCAAGCUCCUGAGAUACGUAGAGCUUUCUUGGCUUGGCGGAUUUAAAGGUAUAUUCUCAAAUCAUAUACUAGAUGCUAGCCUCUUCUUAAGAUUUGUUCAUCAAUUUUAUGACAUUAUGAGAAAGAAUUUGAAUUUUACGGGUCUGGAGAAUUCCAUUGAAAUGUCACACGGUAUUCUGGAACUUUUCAUCACUCUUGGAAAACCUGAUAAUGAGGAUGUUGAAAAACUGCUUGAAGAUCUUUUAUAUUUCGUUCUCGACAUCUAUCAAUUUCAUGGAGUACAAUUUGCUUACGAUGAGGUUGAUAUAGAUCAGAUUGCCGUUGAAAUAAAGGACGCAUUAAGAAUGUAUCACAAUAGUUAUAAAUUUGGAAAUACUACUAGUCAUACCGUCCUUUUGCUGGACAGAAUGGUUCAUAAAUUUCCAUGGGAAUCUUUGCCUUGCUUGCAACAACAGUCAGUAUCAAGAUUGCCUUCCAUUUCUAUUUUAAAAAGCUUGCUAAAUGAAAAUUUUCAUCAAGAACCGUUUGUGAAGGUUCAUAUUAAUUCAGGCUCUUAUAUACUUAACCCCAGCUUAGACCUGAAGCAUACACAAGAUAUGUUUCAAGGUCAGUUAUCUACAGCUGGUUGGAAAGGAGUUAUCGGGCGAAGUCCCUCUAAUGAAGAGUUUAAAUCCAUGUUAACAGAACAUGACUUUUUCCUUUACUUUGGACACGGCGGUGGUGAACAGUAUACAACCUCCAGAGAUUUGGCGGCACUUGACAAAUGUGCAGUAAGUAUAUUGAUGGGUUGUAGCUCAGGAGCAUUACAUGAGUGUGGUAUUUAUGAGCCUUGGGGGACGCCUUUGAAUUAUCUCAGUGCAGGCUGCCCAACUUUGGUAGCUAACCUAUGGGAUGUAACAGACAAAGACAUUGAUCGAUUUAGUGAUGCCAUGCUUUCUUACUGGGGCGUGUUUUCUAGUAGAGAAAAUACAGAAAGGCUCAAUAUAUGUGAAGCAGUUAGCAAAAGCCGUAAACAUUGUCACCUUCAGUUUCUAAACGGCGCUGCCCCUGUCGUGUACGGAAUACCAGCGUAUGUCACUCUGAAUAUUAAUGAUGUGGACGAUGUAAGUGAAUGAAUCUUUGGGAUGGGGUUUUUUUUUCUUCUUAUUUAUUUAUACAAAUUUAAUGUGUUGAAGUUCUAGAAGUCAUAAUAUAAACUAGGGACAUUCAUACAUUAGUACUAAAAAGCAAAGUCAGUUCAGUGUGCGGAAUCAACCGUUGUAAACGAUUUAUGCGGUAGAUUUCACAUCAGAAGCAGUAGUGGCAUUAGGAGCGGACGUAGUAGCUGUAGGAACAGGAUUUUCAGCGGUUGCACGUUUAUGAAUCCAAUCACAGACUUGAUUUAGAUAGUCUGUCCUGUCAGGCUCUUGCUCAAGGUGAACUAAAGAACAAUUCGUUAGUUAAGGUUAGAGAAAACUUCGAGAAACUUACGUGCAUGCUGGCAAUCAGGAAGAGACAGGAAAGUUUUGUCUGUUGUACCAACAUGCUCAUAAAAUUCCUUGGACGCAUCAUAAAAGUUGAUAUUAUCGUCAGUGCCAUGAGCGAUUAGAAGAGGCAAAUGGAAUUGAUUAGCUUCAUCAAGUGUUUUUUGAGCACUAAAUGAAGUGUUAAUGUAAUGAUUCAGCCAAAAGAAAAUCAUGUCCAUACCCAUUGAUAAGGUCGCGCAACGUUUCUAGAGAGCCGACAGAGGACGUAAGAGGAUCCUGGAAAAGUCGGUCCAUCAUUUCUUUGCUUCUGGUGCCCUUCUUUGUCUCCAUAAUCUUAGUAUUAAACUGAAAAUUUGGCAUCACUUUGCUAACUGCAGAAAGACUGAACAAAAAGUUAGUAUUUUACUCUUCGCAAGAAAACUCCAAACUUAAGCAUCAUUGCUUACGCUUUAUAUACGAAAUAAUUAGGCUUUGUAUCAGGAUGGCUUUGCAACAUAGGGGCUGCAGCAACGACACCCGUCAAUUUAUUGCGAUGAGCUCCUGAAAUACCGUAUUGAAGUGACAAACCACCGCCCAUUGAAUGACCCAUUAAAAACAAAGGAAGAUUCGUGUCGCUUGCACGCUGUACAUGGUAGUCUAUGUCAGGGAGUUGUUGCUUCCAACCACCGCUACAACCUUGCUGUUUCGGGGACUGUUUGGAAUAGCCAAAUCCUCUCUGAUCAAAAGAGAAUACCUCAAUAUUUCGCUCAUUUAGGAAUUCAAAAAAUUCGGGAUAAAGAUCUACAUGUUCACCAAAACCAUGAACGAACAAAAGUCUUGCUACAGCAGCUCCCUUAGUGUUCUUCCAAUCCUUUACGUAGAGAUCUGCCAUAAUAAACUACCUAACGACUACUCUUCUUUACUUCAAUCUACCGGUGAUAUUUGGAAAAUGGCAAGGAAUACGCGUUGAGAAAAGUCAUUAAUCAUAGUGGGUGAGUCUCGUUGGAAUAUGCUAUUUUGGUGUAAACAAACACAGAAUACAUCAGAGUAUAAGGGAGAAGAGAAAAAAAGCAAUCUUGAUUUUUAAUUAGUAAAGAAACUCACCACAGAUAGAAUUUUCAAGAUACCUUUAAGGCUAUUUAUUCAUGUCUUCCGCUAUGAUAUAUACAUACAUCUCCAGAGUGUGACAAAUCAACAAGAUUCGCUCGCAAACGUAGUUCAAUUGAGUUUUGGAAAAGGAAUUUAAAAAAUAAAUUUCUUUCAUUUGUGCAAUGCUCCCGUGAAUAGCUGGAUGUCUUACUUGGCAAAUAUUUGUAAAGCGGCAGAUAUACUGACAUAAAAAAAUGGGAUUAAGCAACGAGAAAUCUCAACAUUUCAGCGCAUGAGUUGCCAAAAAUUUAGAAAGAGCUAUACCAGACGACAUCGUUAAUUACAAGUGUUUAGAGUUCAGACUUGAUCCUUCGCUUUCUUUGAAAGCAACAACGACUGAUUAGAAAUAUAUAAUAGGCUCUGCAAAAUAUUUCCGUAUGCCACUCAAAGAAAAAAACGAGAAACAAAGUGAAUAGCUAGCUUCCAUUCAAUACUUACAGUAGAAAACUGAUUACAUAGCAUAUCAUAAAUUGAAUCCCACGUCAAAACUAUGCAUUAUUUGGCUAAAUGGAAAAAGCAAAAGAGAAGGUUUCAUCCUAGUUUCGUAAAUUCCGACGAUGUUCCUUGCGAUAAAUCUAUGAAGUAUGCUCUCGUUGACGUCGUUUUUUUGAAAUUCCAUGCUUGUGAGAAAAAGAUCCCCUUUCUUUUGGAGAAACCUGUUUUGCUUCACGCCUUUCCUUUUUCUUUCCUGACCUUCUUUUUUCUCGUUUUCCCUCUAAAUCACUUUUCCCCGAAAGAAGUGACUCCACAAGCGACAUAGGAUCAUCACGGGCUGAUCUCUUUAUGGGUGAAGUCUGAUUUUCCCUUGUCUCUAAAUUUUGUUUCAUAUACCAAGGAAGAGGUCCUUAUGAAUUAAUUAACAAAUAUUAAAAGAGAACUCAUACCUAGUCCAUGCUUUUCUUUCAUAAUUUCCAGCUCGUGCCCGUGCUUUUUGUAAAGUUCCUGACGAUCAUGUUCCUAAGUAUACACUGUUAGACGAUAAUACUCCAAGGAAGUAAACAACCAGUCGUAAAUAAGUACCCGUUUCUCUUCUUGCUCCCAGAAGUUUGCAAACUUGCCCUUUGGCUGCGGCUCGGAAUCCGGCAAUUCCGUCAAGCCUCUCAGUCUCCGAAGUUUGUUCUCUGAUUCCUAAAAAAUUGGAUUAGGUAUAUGUUACAGGAUUACAAGCUCUUUACCCUUUUAGCAUGUUGUUCCCCAGAGAUUCGAGCCAGUUCUUCGUCACGUCGGACGCGCUCUACAUUUUUUUCGCUAUAAACUGAUUACAAGUUAACGCAAUUCCUUUUGAAAUUGAUAUUCAUGACACCG